UUCUUCUCCUACACCCACCACCUUCAAGAUGGCCUUCACUGCUUCUGAUAUCUGCAAGAUCCUUAUUGCUAUCUUUUUACCACCCCUUGGGGUCUUUCUCGAGCGAGGAUGCGGUGCUGACUUCUGUAUCAAUAUCCUGUUGACGAUAUUGGGUUAUAUACCUGGAAUUAUUCACGCCCUCUACAUCAUUCUCAAGUAUUGAUGAUAUGACGUUCAAUUUCGUGGAAUCGGACUAUACUUGUCGUAUUCUAGAGAUCCACAAGCUGUAAUAUGUUAAUUUUAUCCACAGUAUGUCAAUAAGCUACAUGUACACGCUUC